AUGUUAGCGGCGUCAGAGAAGAUAAUUAUCAUCACAACCUGCGCUUACUAUUCAUUCUACUUUUACAUUACUGGCAUUAUAUGUUGUUGUGUGAUUGAGCGACUCGUUGCGACGAUUAUGAUGAACACCUAUGAGCACAAUCGUCGAUGGUUUCCUGUGAUGCUGAGCCAACCGUUUGCGAGCUAUCUUUACUUUUUCUUUCUUCGUAAACUGCGCUAUGGAGUUGUCUCGAGCCUGGGUUUUCAGAUUACACUGGGUAUCACCAGCAUCUUCAUGGGAGACGAAUUUGUACGAGCGCUCAGCACGCUUGCGUUCUAUCUACUCAACAUUCUGGGCCUCAUCGUCCUCCUCUUCGUCAAUUACCGUAUAACAAGAGUACUAGCAGGCUCUGGAGCUUCGCUUACAACGAGGUAUCAGAUCACGGAAAAUAUUCGGACAAUAAGAGUGUUGCUUCCAGCAGUGAUUUUCGAUUCAUUAGUGUCGAUCACCGACAUAUUGGCAAUGAUUUGCUUUGAUCUGAAUCCUAUAUUCGAUGAAAAAAGGUGUACUGAAGAUUACUACGUAGCAGCAUUCUAUGGAUUCACUACGACUUCGGCCGUACUCGAGUUUCUUAUUCCAAUUUCGUUAUUGUUUUCUCAUCCGGUUUAUCGAAGACAGUCGGUGUUGAUGUACGAGAGAGAAUUGAUGAGAAUCUCUAGUUCCAGCGUCAAAGACAAAACUCUCCCAAAGGUUGUUGUGCUUGAAGGCAAAACAAAAAAAUUAGUCCGAAAAAAUGGUGUGACACAUUUAUUCACCGCAUUUAAGCUCGAUAAGACACUAAAUGUCAAUUUGGCCUAUGCUUUGACUUUCGGUGACCAAGUAAUUGGAUAUCUGGCGUUUCCAUUUGUGGACGAGCUUAGAACUUCUAUUUUGCCUCAGUUGACAUAUUGGGUUGAUGAGACUGUGAGGUUUGAAUAA